AUGAAUAAUGGACACCUUUUCAUCCUGCUGACAAUAUUGACCAUCUGGGGCAGCAACCUCCAUCGGGGCUGCACUGCUGAGAAUGAGCACGACAAAAGGGAGAGCGCGGUAAGCUCAAGUGGGAUUUUAAAAAACGUCGUCAAACAUGCCCCCAAAGUAAGUUCCAAAGAAAUUAAGGACAGCGAAAUAGGGAUAAUUAAAAUGGCACACGAAGAGGAAAGCAAAAGGUUACAACAAAUGGGAAAGUGUGCAAAAGAUUAUACAUUACCUUGCCCAAAAUUCUGGAAAAAAAAAAUUAUGAACAAGUCAGAAAAUAUUUGCAUAGCUAGCUCGACGUACAACGGAUUUUGCAACCCCCGUCAAUCCUUUGACAACUUUACACAAAAUGAAAAAAUAAAAAUUGAAACGAGCUGCAAUGUAGAAUGGGGAUGCAAAAAUGUCGUAUCCGAUGCAUGCGAAAGUGGGAAAAGAAAUUACAACGAACCAUGUCCUGAGGGUUUCAUAUCUCAAAAUGACAACACUUGCACGGCUGACCUGACUGUGUAUGAUGGCCUCUGCAAUGGCGAGAAGAUUGACUUUACCCAUCUCACCAAGGAGGAAAAACAAAAUUGGAGUGUUGCCUGCGAAGCGUAUUGGCCUUGUUACGUCGAUUGUUCACUCAACAACAAAACACUCUCCAUGUGUCCUUCCAACUGGAAAGAAACAAAUUCAUAUGAGUGUAUCCCACCUGCUAGCUACAACGGGCCAUGCAAAGAUAGAAAAAAUUUUAAAUUUUUCAGUGAGCUCAUGAAAAUCAAAUUUGAGGAGAAAUGCAAAGUUACUUUUGUGUGCACAGAUUUGUGUGAAAAAGAUUAUCAGCAAGAGUGCCCCUUACAUUGGAUGAAGAAAAAUGGCUACUGCUUAGCGCCUCCGUCUUUCAAUUUAUGCGACAGGAAAAAAUAUUCCUAUAGUAACUUAACGCAGGAUGAGAAGAAGCAGUUCGAGGACAAGUGCUCAGUUCAAUGGCCUUGUCGAAAGAGCCACUUUUGUGACAUGGACUGGACCGCUGAGUGUCCCCUCAACUGGGCGAAUGAGGCACCGCGGGAAGGUGGCAGCCAGGAUGGGGGCGACAAAUACAUCUGCACUGCCGAUACAUCCCUCUACAGCGGCAAGUGUGCGUUUAUUUCCCUCCCGAAUGGCGCUGACGAAGAGACCAAGCGGGAGGUGGCUUCCACGUGCAACACCCCCUGGCCGUGCUCCGCUACAGGUGGUGCUGCAGAGGCCACGUCGGAUCGGAAAAGAGUGGAAGCAGGAGGUGCGGCUGUCACAAAUGGCCCCGUCACUAUCGACGGUGGCGUGCGCCCCAGCACGGGACCCGCUUAUCGCGUGGUCGACAGCCAGGGGGACUUCCCCCUCGCGGACAUCAUGCGCUGA